AUGCCAGCGGCGUCGGAGGCAAUCCCUAUUCGAGUUCCUGCUGGAGCACAACGUGGUGAAGACGGUUUUGUUCCGUGCGGUGUGAUUGAUAACGACACACUCGAAUCUGUUGAAGAUCCUCCAUAUUUUUUGGAUAUGUCUCACUAUUCGCAAAGUGUGGAGGAUGAUGAUGGCCCAUCGGCUGUAACGAUCUUCGCUCAGCAUGCCAAGGUAUCAGAAGCUCUUCCGGUCAGUGCUCUUCCGGGUGAAUCACUGGAAUCAACUAUGGACACAGGUUCCGGUACUGUUUAUAUAACAAAUUAUCGAAUUGUAAUACUGGAUCGUGUGAAAAAUGCUUUGGCAAUUAUUCCACUUUUGAGUGUUGAUACUGUUGAAUUCUGGUCUGGAGAUCCGUAUGGAAUACAAAUUACAUGUAAAUUUGGCCGAAUAUGCAGGUUGAGAUGUGCAAGUGAAGUACAAGUGGAAUUGCAUAAAAGAUUGCAAAAAGCGACCUAUAAUAUUGCUACGAACGAUGUUUUCGCAUGGCAGUUUGCCAAAGCUGCAAAGACUCAACUUCCUAGUUGGCUCAGAUUUCAUCAUGAAACGGCUGAUUCUGAGUGCCUAGCACAGAAAGAAUUUUUGCGGCUCAAUUACAAUCCUCAUUCUUGGAGAGUUUCAGAAGCCAAUGCUGAUUAUUCAUUAUGCGCAACAUAUCCGAAAUCAGUUAUAGUUCCAAAGGAUAUAACGGAUGAUGAAUUGCGUCGAGCGUGUGCUGCUCGGAAUAAUGCUCGAUUUCCGGCCGCGGUAUGGUGUUGCGCCAAAAAUGAAUCCGUCUUGCUACGUAGCAGUCAACCGUGUUGUGGUAUUUUCAACUAUCGAUUCCCGCUGGAUGAAAAGUUGUUAGAAUGUGCCAGGAAAGCCGUUAAUGGAAGACCGUCGUCCCGAAAGUUGUUAAUAGUGGAUUGCCGUUCAUAUACUGCAGCCCUUGCAAAUCGAGUAGUGAAAGGUGGUGGAGCCGAAUCAGAAGAGUAUUAUCAGCAAACAGAGGUCAUCUUUUGUGGACUAGCAAAUAUCCACGAAAUUCGUAGUAGCUUUCAUAAGCUUAGAGCUGUCCUUGCUGGUCCUCAAGAUCACAAUACCAUUCUUCAGUCAAUUCAAUCCACUUUUUGGCUGCAAUAUCUUACAAGUCUUAUCGAUACUGCACAGAAAUGUGUAAAGGCACUUGUCGAUGAUGGACGUUCAGUUCUUGUUCACUGCACAGAUGGUUGGGAUCGGACAACGCAAAUUGUCACUCUUACAAAGAUAAUUGCCGAUCCAUACUACAGGACUUUCGAGGGCUUCAAAGUUUUGAUUCGUCGCGAUUGGAUUGGUUUCGGACAUAAAUUUGCUGAUCGCACGGGUACGCGCAGUAGCGUCAGUGGAGAGUCGUCACCAGUAUUUUUGCAGUGGUUGGACUGUGUUCACCAGUUGCAUCAGUUAUUUCCAGAUGCCUUUCAAUUCACUUUAAGCUAUUUGACAAAGUUAGCUCUGCACUGUUAUUCCGGAUUAUUUGGGACAUUUCUUUGGAACAGUCAAUCUGAGAGAAAAAACUGGAAUAAGGCUGCAGAAGAUGCAGAAACACUUUCACUUUGGACAUUUCUGGAUGAAUCCAAACCAGAAUAUGGAAAUGUUAUUUAUAAUCCUGGAAAAAGCAAUGAGCGAUUGCAUACAUUUUUACAUGUUGAGGAUCUUCACAUCUGGAAGCAACUUUACAUUGGACCUGCUAUCGAAAGAUUGAUUAAUGAACAAACACUGUCAAACUCAGGGAUGGUUGCAAGUCAGCAUAGUGAAGUGGAUCGUAUCAGUUUGAACAGAGCCCAUUCUGCGGAAAGUCUUUCUAAUACGGAUGCUGGUACAUGCCAGGGAUCAUCAAAUACACCUUUUGCUGGAAAUCCACACGCUCAAUUCCACAACAGCAAUAUUCGAACAUCAAUUUCAAGUGAAACGGACUAUGCACGACCUGACGAAAACGACUUGUCGUUCGCAGUAUAUCGUGAAAGAGAUCGUAGUGCUAUUGCUAGGGAAGUGGAUUGCGAUGGCUUGACGAAAGUUCUAGUUAUACGUGAAGAAAGGACCCGUGAGAAGGUUGAAAAACUACAGGAGUGCAUCAAUAUGUUGCAAGAGAGACUUAGACAACUGACAAUGGGAAAAAUGCGGAAAGUGAGUUAUGGAAUUAAUAGCGAGUCACCUGGGACGGAAUUAUUAAUAUUCGGUGAGAGUAACAGUGGGUCAUGUUCUGUGGAGUCAGUGCUUUCAAACAUGUCGAUCGUUGAAAAAGAUGAUGUUGCGGAUAUUUCAUAUGGUUCAAAAGGGUGGUUGAUGGAUGAUGCUUCACAAAAAUGCAUGAGUUGCCAGAGAAUUUUCUACUACCUAAGUAAUCGAAGACAUCAUUGCAGGAACUGUGGAGGUAUAUUUUGUUCUUCAUGUUCAAAACGUACCUUUUUUCGAGUAUACGAAAAUAAAGGUGGGAAUGUGCGUGUGUGCAACAAAUGUUAUGAUUUUAUGAUAAAAGCACGACCACAUCAGUUAUAUGUAGUAGCAUCAGAGAUGCCGACAACAUCAUUGACUUCCAAGAGAAAUGGCAGUUUAAUGACUGGAAAGCCAUCAGAAGCAGCCAUGAAUGGUGGUAGCGUCAGCUCAACAAUCCUUGGAUGA